CCCCUUCUGUCCGUCCGCGGCUCGCGCAGCGGCGGCUCAACGGCUGCGCCCCGGGCUGAGGGCGGCGGUGGCAACCCUGGGUCUAGGGUUGCCCGCUGCUUCCUCACCUCGGCGGCCUCCACCGGGGAGGUGGCAGCGGCGGCGGCGGCAGCACGAAGAGCCAUAUCGCCUCCGCUCUGGCUGGCGGCUGUCUUCUGCCGUGGCGAUUGGAACCCCUGCGGCCUAGGUGUGCGUGGAGGGCAGUGCAAUGGCUGUCACGCUAAAAGAAUGCCUGGAGCUCCAGCUGCUGGAAGUGGAAAUGCUCCUUUCAAUGUUUCCCAAAAAAGGUGAAAUAAAGCUGGGUGAGGAUGCUGUGCCUGCCGUGCAGCGAUACCUGAGAAACGCUGAUGGAGCUCUGCCCCCACAGCUUGAAUAUUCAAUUGCUCUUGAUGUAGGGGAGGCCAAGGUAAAAGUGGAAUUGCAGGUAGUGCUGCCUCAUAUGUAUCCUCAUGUAGCUCCUCAGCUUUUUGCAAGAUCAAAUGCACUGCACAGACAGCAACAGUUGCAGCUCAACACCGGUCUUGCUUCUCACAUCAGCUCCUUGGAUUCAGGUGAACUGCGUAUAUAUGAAGCUGUGCAAUGGGUGAAAGACAACAGCCUGACUUACCUGGAAAACACUAAGAUCUCUUCUGAAAGUGCUUCGAAAGAAGUCGUCGUUAAAGAAACAUUGCAUCGCAUGUGGAUCUACAGCCAUCAUAUAUAUAGGCAGGAAUUAAGGAAAAAGAUUUUUGACUGUGCAAAGAACUUAAAUCUGACUGGCUUCUGCCUAACAGGGAAACCUGGUGUCAUCUGUGUGGAGGGACUCAGAGAAAACUGUGAAGAGUUCUGGCGUGUUAUUAGGUAUCCCAACUGGAAACAUAUUUCAUGCAAGCAUGUGGAGAAUAUAGAAACGGAGGGAAGCAUCGACAAUCUUCGCCUCUUUCAUGGUUUUGAAGACCUACAGUUUCAGGCACAUGGUGAUUAUGGCCUGAGGAAUGACUACCACAUGGAUCUUGGCCAGUUCCUAGAAUUCCUGAAACAACAUCAAAGUGGAAAUAUUUUUCAGAUUUUAUUUGGUGUUGAGGGUAAGCUUUCAGACAAAUAAGAGAAACUGUGUAAGGGGUUCUAAUUUUGGACAGCAAGAGAUGAUGCUAACAUUGAAAUAUUGUGCCUUACAGCUGUGAAAAGGGAAACUGUUUGACAUAUGGGAAGAAUGGUUCAAGUAGUUAAUCUUAGUUUCUGUUCUGAAUUGCCGCAUAUUUUUGAGAGGUGUUUACUUAUUGUCUGACACCCUAUACAAUUAUAUUGCUAAUACCAUCAUUUUCACAAUCCUCUUCCUAUCAUCUCAUUAUGGUUAUGUCAAUAGUAAUUUUUCAGCUGCUCAACUGAUGGCAUUUUAUAUUUACAUUGUUAGGCCAAGCACCUUGGAAAUGAAAAUGUGUAAGAUGAGACAAAGUUUAGUGUUUCCUCAUCUUUCCCCCUACAUUACAUAAGGAAAUUCAUGUAAAAUAUAGAAAAAUGAAAAAAGCCUAUAUAUUGUAUAUUAAAUAAAAAUACAUACAACUUUACCAAACUUUUCUAUGUCAAAUUACUACUGAGAGACAAUUUUCCAGCAGCUUAUAAUAGGAAAUUAUAUUAAUGGCUCAUUAGGCAGCACUUUCCUACAGGGUAGUGUGCUGAGUGUGUAUUUAGAUAGUGCUUUGCAAUUCAGUUUUCCAAUUUAUAAUGGAUUAUCCUAUCUAAAUGUCAUCAAUAUAAUACGUAGAUGAAGAAUGCUACUGAAAAGUCCCCAGUAGCUGUGCCUUCAAGAACCACUGGUUUACCGUGUUCCGCUUUGUCACUGAGCACCAUUGUAUGAAAAUUGGUACUGAGCAAUAAAAGCAGACUCACUGUUGAGCCGUAGAAGUUUGGCUGUUCCAGUAUAAAAAACAGGCCAUUCCAACAGCAGCUAUUUAAAGACUGUGUUUCAGUACGCUCAGCUGAUGACUACAAAAACAACAGAUAUUAUCUUAUUUCAAAUAAAACACCAGUGUUUUAAUACUUUUCUCAUAAUAGCAAUAUAUUGAAAUACAGAGGAUGGCAGUAUUUCUGGUUGCUCAGAAUGAUGAUUAACGUACAUUCCUUCACUGUGGCAAGUACAUUGUUUGUAUGAUCGUAACUUUGGCCAAAAGCACAGUAAGGCAAAAAGUGUUUACAGGUUCCCAUUAUGCAAUGAAGCAGAAAGUGCCUCUCCUCUUUGGGAAUUCAGGACCUGCAGUCUGCAGCUGUGGCAGAGCUGAGAGGCUGGACAAAUAAAGUUAAUUUUUGGUUUUGUAGAGAUAAUCUCUAUAGCAUGAUAUUAGAAAAGAAUGAUCAAGUACACUUUGUUUCCAGAACUGUCCAGAAAGUGUAUUAUAUUUUUCUUGGAGUGGCAAUUCUGUAACUAAUAAUUCUUUGGGGUUUGGGUUUUUUUUAAGAACAUUGAUGUAUGAGCACAGGUUCCACACGAUCAUGACUCAGAAACAAUAAAACCAUUUGCAUUCAGUGCUGUUGGGAAGUUGCCAAAUGAUAACGUUUUCCUUUAAAGUAGCAAAACAAAUUGGUUUAAGAAAUGGGCCUUAUGUAUGAGAUUUCAACCCGAAGGAAAUGGGAGAGGCAACAUGGCAUAGGUCAGAAAGUCUGUGCAGGAGGAUGGUCAAAAAAUUUGGAGUUAGUGCUGUGUAAAGCUUUAUUCUGAGCAGAAGAUUUGUUCAUUUUUUCUAAAGGAGAAAAAACGCUGAUAGUACAAUCUAAUCGUAUGUCCUCCUAAGGAAAAACACAGACUCAUGACUUUUAAUUCUGGAAAAGCUAAUUAUGAAUCCAGAAUAAUGCAGGUCACGAGGAGUGUCCUUGGAUGCUUCCAGUCAAGUUUGCAGAGGCAAUCAUUUUUUUUUUUUUUUUUUUUUUUGCUUCAGAAGAAUAACAGUCAUGGGCUGGUAUCAGUUUUGAUAACUGGUUGACAGAUGAGAAAGGGUAAAAAAAAGUACGAUCUCCUGAGUUGAAAUUAGUGUGUCGAUGAACAUACUCAGCAUGCUGAAUUAUCAGUGAAGUUAUAAAAACUAUUUUAAAGACCAUACUGAAGAAAUUGAGCUAACCAGAUCAUUCAAAUAGUAGUAAAGUGAGAGAAAUAUUCAGUGAAUAUAAAUUAAUAGAACGUAUCUGUUCCCCCCAUAAUGAUAUACUCUUUCCCCCAUAAAAAUUAUUCCUCUAGUAGACCUCAGCUGGGUGAUUUAGAAGUUUGUUACAAAGAAUAAUACUUUAUCACAUAUGACGUAUGUUAAAAAUACAUAUUGGCCUCAAAUACUACAGGAAUUCAUUAGGUUUAAUACACAAAAACCUACCACUAGCCAGAUGACUGAUGGCUGUAAGAAAAUACGUAGUCAAAAAAGAAGCCCAUUCAUAACAAUUUGAUACUCCCUUUUUGUCAAGAACAUGGAGUCCAAGCACUUAGGCCAAACAAUUGCAGCCUAUCAGAACAGCAGUUCUCUAUCUUGCUGGGGGACUGAACCCUUUGAUCAUUUACAGGACUUUAGCUUAGCUAAGUCAUGUUAAAACGUUCUAAUUAGAUGUGAACAAAAGGUUCUACAGGUUCAAUUCUUGUUACAAAACUUUCAUUACUCCAUGCGGGAACAACCAAUAAGGCUUUUCUUUGGAGGAAAAUACUCUAACCUUACUGUUCUUUAAAGUUUUGGUGUUUAUUUUUUAAAUAAUAGCUUGACAAUAUAUGCAAAUUACAUUGUGACCUGUAAUGGCUUAAACAGUCAUCAUAUGCAUGUCUUAAUUUU